AUGACGCCCCGGCGGCUCAACGUCCUCGUCUACACGGGUACGGGGACUACGUCUGAAUCGGUCCGGCAGUGCAUGUACUCCCUCCGGCGCCUUCUUUCGCCCAACUACGCCAUCAUCCCCGUCUCAGAAUCGGUCAUUCUCAAGGAACCAUGGGCUCCCACUUGCGCGCUCCUCGUCAUCCCCGGCGGCGCAGAUCUGGGCUACUGCAGAGUUCUCAAUGGCGAAGGAAACCGCCGCAUUGGCGAGUUUGUUCGCCGUGGCGGCGCGUAUCUGGGCCUCUGUGCUGGUGGAUACUACGGGAGCAGUAGGUGUGAGUUUGAAGUAGGGAACAAGCCGCUUGAGGUUAUUGGAAGCAGGGAAUUGGGUUUCUAUCCCGGAACCUGUCGGGGAGGCGCAUUCAAGGGAUUUGAGUACCGCAGCGAAAAGGGUGCGCGUGCUGCCGUCCUGAAGGUCGCAACUGGGGCGUUCAAGGACGGCCUGCCGGAGACAUUUUCCUCUUAUUAUAACGGAGGCGGUGUUUUCGUGGACGUAGGUAAAGUGACGGGACGCAAGGUGGAAGUUUUGGCGUCCUAUGCGGAAGACUUGGAUGUGGAUGGCGGCGAUGGCAAAGCCGCUCUGGUGCUAUGUCAUAUUGGAGACGGCAAGGCUCUGAAAAAAAAAAAAAAAAAAAAAAAAAGACUGCAGAUGUCAAGGCUAACAACUGAUAGAUUUGCUCCUGUAAACCUCUCUCCGCAACCUACAAUCCCAGGAUAUGACAACCUUAUCAACAAGCUCCAAGAAGAUGACGAUAAAAGAUUCAGCUUCUUAAAAGCCUGCCUGGAAAAACUCGGUCUCGAAGUAAGCGGCGAAAAUGCAACACUGCCCACGCUCUCCAGAAUCCACCUGUCUGCCGUCGACAACUCCCAAGUCUCGGAGCUGCUCUAUGCCUGGGCCGAAGUCAUUGACAAGGAGAAUGGGGAGGAGUUCAUUGCAGGUGAAGCGGAUAGGUUUUGCAUUCAAAGCGAUCAGGAUGGACUCACGCUGGAAGACCUGCAGCGGUCCCUUCCAGAGGCGGAUGAGCAUCUUGCACGCGAGACCGGCAUUGUCGACUACAGCACUAUAACAAAGCGUGUCAUUGUUCAUGAAAAAGCGCUGCCGACUACGGAAAUGACUCCUCGUUUCGACCAUAAGCUUUACUUCUCGAGUCUCCGGAGAUUCCAGGUGAAGGAGGACGGCGCCGAAGAUUGGGGCAACAUCCUCAUGUACGGCGAUGUGGUCACGAGCACCAACUCCUUGCUAGAAAAGAACCCGAAAUUGAUAUCCAAGCUCCCAACCGGCUUCACAUUCUCUGCAGCAACCCAAGUCGCUGGCCGUGGCCGUGGGACAAACGUCUGGGUCGCGCCCCCAGGAGGACUCAUGUUCUCGACAAUCAUAAACCACCCUGCCCACCUAGCCGCUUCCAGACCCGUAGUAUUCAUCCAGUACAUAGCUGCUGUUGCCAUCGUGGAAGCCAUCCAGUCAUACGGCGUUGGCUAUGAGAACCUCCCCAUCAAGCUCAAAUGGCCAAACGACAUUUAUGCCCUCGACCCCACAAAACCAGCAUCGUCAAAAACAUACGUCAAAAUCGGUGGCAUCCUCUCCCAAUGCGGCUACUGCGACGGCUCAUACCAAAUCGUUCUCGGAAUCGGCAUCAACGCCAUCAAUCCUCGUCCCACCACCUCCAUCUCCGAUCUCCUACCCGCGAAUGCGUCUCCUCUCCAUUUGGAAUCCUUGCUGGCGAGAAUAGUAACUCGCCUCGAGUCCAUCCACGCGCAGUUCCGCCGCCAAGGCUUCUCCGAAAACCUGGAGCAAAGAUACUACCGGCACUGGCUGCACACGGGGCAGGCCAUUUCGCUCGAGGCGGAGGGUGGCGUGAGAGCAAGAGUGCUGGGCAUCACGAGGGAUUGGGGCAUGUUGAGGGCUGAGGAGACGGACGCGGAGGGGCGGGGGACGGGCAAGAUAUGGACGCUGCAGAGCGAUGAGAAUAGCUUUGAUUUCUGGAAGGGCCUGGUGAGGAGGAAGCAGUAA